UUCACCUACUCCCUGGCACAAUAGCAGAAGAGCACAACACCAAUAUAAGUCGGCGCAUCUGCCUUCAACAUCGUACUUUGUCUUCAGACUCGGGCCAAUCACUUCUCAACAUGAUCUGCACACAGGCAACAUUGAGCGUUUUGCUAGGAGUUAUCGCUCUGGGAGUAGGGGAGCCACCCGCACCGCAGUACGGCCCACCGGGUUUCGGCAACGGGAACGGGGGUCGUCCCGCAGGCAACUACGGUCCACCAGCGGCCCGGCCACCCGCAUCCAGCUAUGGACCACCAGCUGGCAACGGAAAUGGAUAUGGAGCUGGUGACGACGGUGGAAAGCCAGAACCAUUCAAUUUCGAGUACGAAGUGAAGGACGCUGCCAGUGGAAACGACUACGGACACAAGGCGUCGAGCGACGGAACCCGUGUGACAGGCACCUACCACGUGCUGCUGCCUGACGGACGCAACCAGAUCGUAGACUACACGGCCGACGAGUCUGGUUACAACGCUCAGGUCAAAUACGAAGGCGAGGCCAAUGCCAACGGAGGUUACCCAUCUGGUCCCAGCAAUGGAGGUUACCCAUCAGGCCCCAGCAACGGAGGCGGCUACCCCAGCAACGUCAAUGGCGGCGGAUAUCCUUCAGCAGGACCUGGAGGAUUUCCAUCAGCAGGAUUCCCCUCGGCGCCUGGCGGCGGAUCCAACGGCUAUCCUUCGGGAGGACCUCCCAGCUCAUCAUACCUACCUCCUGGAAAAUAGACUAUGGGUAUAAUAGAAAUGAAUAACAACACAAACGUUGAGAUCAGUGAAAAUCAGAUCAUCAACAAUACGACAACGGUACCCUACUGAGAAUUGUUUAAACAAUGUGAAUUGAUUUGAACUUUUAAAACUUUGAAAUGACUCUCAGUCAGCAUUAUACAAUACGUUGUUUUUUGCAUUUCCCAGCUCAAGUGUUUCUAUUCAGAGACCUUGUACAUUUCUUAUUUUCAUAAAUUAAUUUUGAACGCUUGAACGAGAUGGAGUAAACUUUGUAUGGAAAAUGGAUUAACAGUUAAACAUAUAACGAGAGUAUUCAGUUUUUUCAAAAUCAUUCUAUUCAAAAGAAACCUGCUAAGGGAGUGAAUUUUGUAAUAAGUUGGAAAUGUUUUCGAAUUGCUGUUUUCAUCAUAAUGCUAUCUCAAUCGAUGUCAAUACCCAACUUUUACAACUCUGUAAAUUAUUCAUUCCUUUAGACAAAAUAAGAGACGAGUGCCAGUAUAGAAAUAAUUUGCCAUAUUAUCCUAUAUUUUAUAUCGAUAGAAAUUGUGUAUUUACAAAUGAUAAGCUAGCAAUAAACAAUCAAUUAUUUGGUUCUUCUACUUUGUAAUAUAGUUUCCAACAAUAAAAGCAUAUUUUUAUCGAUUGAAAUAUA